UUCUUCGACUUGUGGUACAAGAAGAAUGUCCACGUCGGCUCCCUAGACGACGACCUAGCUCGGCAAGUGGCUCUUCCAUGUUACAUGUUCGAUCAUGCUUCAGGCUUUGCAGAAGUGACGAAAUGGCUGGCCUACAAUUUCGCUGGACACAUUACCGAGAAGCGACCCAAGGGCUUCAAGUGGCACCACAUGCGCCUCGCACCACCAGAUUUUGUCGGCCCGAUGAAUCACGCACGUGGCUCCCUGCGGACGAGCAUACAUCGUGGUAUCUGGUCCGGGAUCGGCUCUCUGCUCACCCGCGGCCCAUACGUCUGCAAAUGCGACUCCUGGGCAUCCACGGCAGGACACUACUUUGCUGGUCUCGUGAACACCACCGCCUACCCUCUUGAGAAGACCUUCUCGAAGUCCUCGGUCAUGAUGAUCCUCGCAGAUCUCAAGUCAUUCACCAUGAAGCAACACGGAAGUUGCUCCCUAUGCAGCACUGACUGGGAGGGAGAGGUCGCACAUGCGCGUGUCAUGGCGUUGCGGUACUUCGAUGGCUUGUGCAUCGACUGCAUGGAUCGGAGUCGCCCGAAGCGCGAGAACGGAGACGUCGAUUAUUGGCGACAGCUCGAGAGCAUCGAUGGGCGAUGGGACGAGAACUGUCGUAUAAGGCAUGAUGAGCCGAGCUGGUAUAUCUCAUGGUGUGGACGGGCAGAGCACCGGCAGAAGUUGGUG